AUGAAUUCCGCGAAUUACUGAGUUUGCCCAACUUGCAAAUUUGAUUAUAACACAGGACUAUGCUUACCAAAGUUCUUGCCAUGUGACCAUACUGCAUGUGUGGGAUGUCUGACUAGAGCGUUUAUAAAUGAUUCUGAAUUCGAAUGCCAGAUGUGUGGAGAUCUGUUCAGACUACCAGACCCAGCCUUGCUAGAUGUUGAUAAUGACACUAUCAAGGUAAUAGAAGCUAUUCACCACGCCGAAGGAGCAAGGAAAGAGAGAAGCAAUUAUUUUACUUCUCCCAGAGAAAACCGCAUUAAAGGGCCACAUACAGAAAAACCUAUUCGCGAUUUCAGAAUUCCUUUCAGUGAUCGAACCCAGACAGAGAGGGAUCUCACACUUGAGAGCGACAACAUGAUGGAAGUUGAUGGAGAAAGGCAAAGCAGUGGCUCCUUCCAUGACAAAAGGAAAGUAAUCAGAGAACGAUUCGAGCCCAGAUAUGAACCAACAAGCGGUUCCUUCCAUAGACAGCGAACAGAGUAUCACACUACCAAGAAGCAGAGCUUAUUUAAAGAGAACAAGGAGCAUUGGGUGAGAGAAAGAGAAUUCCCUAUUGCAACUUCUAACAAGUUCAAAACACCUGCUCCGUCGAGAGGGUUCAAAGCUAUCAGCCCUUUUUCAGCCAAUCCUUUUAAAAAGGCUCAAGAAGAAAAUAAGGAAGAACAAGGAAGUCCAACAAUCGAAAAAUCAGCACAAUGAGUCAGAAAGGGCUGUACCAAAGAAAGGAGGAGAAGAGAUGGAGCACCAACAGGCAGUUAUAUCAGCCAAUAUUGCAGUGAUAAAUGUAAGAGCAUGGCUGAAUCAGCCAAUACCUAUACUAAGCCAAAACCACAAUCAGGGAAUCCAUUCAGAACUUAGUGACUCAUCAAGACAGAUGCUAAUGAGCUGCUUUAGAUAAUUUGACGAAGAGCUCUAAAAU